AUGACAAUCUUGCAUGCAGCGCUCCUCCUUAGCAUUGCUGGCUCCGCAGUUAUGGUCUUUUGGUUCUUGGCACUAGUCGUCUAUCGUCUCUUCUUCCACCCCUUGGCCAAGUAUCCGGGUCCAAAGCUGGCAGCAUGCACCGAGCUCUGGUUCGUUCGAUCAUGGACGGGAGGACAUCACCCUUUUGUCAUGAGACAAGUGCACGACAAGUAUGGCGAUGUAGUAAGAGUAGCACCAAACGAGCUCAGCUUCAGAUCUUCGGCAGCACACAAGGACAUCUACAGCCAGGCCCCCAAGGGAAAAGUCCCAUUUCUGAAGAGCAAAGUGUUUUAUAAUGUAGGUCCCUCCAUCACUCAUCCUGACAUUGUCUUCACAAGAGACCCCGAGGACCAUCGCGUGCAGCGGAAAGCGCUUUCCCAUGCGUUUAACUCGAAAGGUCUGCGGGAUGCCGAGGAAACGAUUCAAGAGCAUACCAAGCUCUUCGUGGAACAGAUUGGCAAGCACGCCGGCCCUGGAACCAAGGGUGUCGACGUGACGGCGGUCUACAACUGGCUCACGUUUGACGUCAUCGGUGUUCUUACGUUUGGGGAGUCUUUCGAAUCCGUGUCCAGCUGGCAAUCCAGUGUUUGGGUUACCCUCCUCUUGAACAUGGCAAAGCAUAUGACGUUUCUCCCUGCGGCAGAGAGAUUGUCUAUCCCACCCUUUGCUCUAGGCGCCGUCAUGCCCAGCGAGGUCAGCAAGAAUGCCGCCUAUCAUGACAAGCUCACCGAGGAGAAGAUCAGCAGACGGAUCGGGCUGGUCAAGUCCAACGAUCGUGAGGAUUUCUUUGCAUUUAUCCUCCGCAAGGGCAACUUUGAUCCGGUUCACCUUCGGGAACAGGCCAAGCUCUUGAUGUUGGCUGGCUCCGAGACAACAGCCACGUUUCUGGCCAUGGUGACUUACCUGUUGCUCAAGAACCCCAUGUCAAUGAAAAAACUCCAGCAUGAGGUACGGUCAGCCUUCUCGUCUGCGGGUGAGAUCACUGGAGACUCUACCAACAACCUCAGCUAUCUACAGGCAGUUAUUGAGGAGGGUCUUCGAAUGCUACCACCAUCUCCGAUUGGCCUCCCGCGCGUCUGUCCCGGAGCGACAAUAGAUGGACACUUUGUCCCAGCAGGCACCGACGUGUCAGUUGACGCGUACGUUCUGGGACACGAUGAUCGCUACUUUCCGGAACCAGAUGAGUUCCGACCUGAGCGUUGGAUUGGCGAUGACACUGGCAACGAAAAGGAUGCGAGCCGUCCAUUUUCUUUCGGCCCACAUGCUUGCCUGGGCAUCAAUCUUGCAUACCUUGAGGCUAGAAUUGUUCUUGCCCACAUGGUCUACGCGUAUGAUUGGGAAUUGGUCAACAAGGACCUAGAGUGGUUCAAGGAGGUGAGGCUGUGGACACUCUGGGAAAAGCCAGAACUAUACGUUCGGUUCCAUCGCAGGGAUGCCUGA